AAAUGGAUAGGAAUAGAGAAGCAAGAAGAACUGGUGGUAUGGUAUCUGCUUCAUCAAAUGGAUUAUCAAGACGAAGACAUAGAAGUAACAACAGUCUUAGAGAUUCCCCUGAUGAAGAAGGGGGUGUAGAGAUACAAGAAUCUGUAAGGUUAAGGGAGAGAGUGAAGAAAGAUCGAGAUCGAGAACGAGAAAGAGAGAGAGAUCGAGAGAGGGAUAGAGAAACUAGAGAUAGAGAUAGAGAUAGGUCAAGCCGGAGUAAAAGGAGAAGAGGUGAUAGGUUGAUGAUGCAUAGAGGAGGUGGUGAAGAUGGUGGAGAUGAUAGUUCGGAAGAAAGUGUAAACGAUGAUGAAGAAGAUGAGGAUGAUGAGACGACGACAACGACGACGACGACGACGACAAACGUUGUUUCCAGUAGUACGAGGUUGUUACCGCCGGCUGGUCCGGGGACGUUACCGACAACGAUAGGGCCAUCCAUUUCGAAUCACCAUCAUCAUCAUCAAGGGAAUAAUCAUCAUAACCAUCACUUACAACAGUCUAGGAAGAGUUUUCCAACGAAUAACAACGUUGGUGGGGGGAAGGUUUACAGAGCAGCAACAGCAGCAGCACCUGUAUGGAAACCUGGUGAUGAAAUGAUUGGUGUUUCUGUUCCAAGAAAAGCUCGUUCCGCUACAAAGAGGUCACAUGAUUGGAUUUCUGGUUCUAGUGGUGGUGGUGGAGGUAACAACAGUGGUGGUGUUGUUACCGGAGACCAACUUCAUCAGCAAGUUUCAACAGCUUCCCCGGUGGGACACAACAUUCCUACAACAUCGCCAUCUCCGGCAGCUCCUUUAUCUCCAUCUUCAUCUAAUGUUUCAGUGAGAAAGAAAAUUAAGCCACACGGACAAAAAAGGCCACCAGCAAAGUCACCACCUAAAGCUUCUUCAUCUAAUCCUGAAGAGCUAGAGAUUGAGAUUGCUGAAGUUCUUUUUGGUUUGAGUCAUCAUGGACCUUCCAAAAAAGAUACAAGUGUGACAAAUGAUAGUACAAGAGAAGUUAAUAAUAACAGAUCCAGAGUUUCAUCUCCUGUUUCUAAUUCUAACUCAUCAGCUACUCCUUUAUCUGCUGCUGCUCCAAAGAGGAAAAGGCCAAGGCAAGUAAUGGAAAAUCAUGGAGGAUUUGGUAUAAGGAGCAGCCCCAUUUCGGCUAAAGUGGAGAUGGAUCAAACAACAAUGAAGAUGGAGGUUUCUUCUCCUAAUUUGGAGAAGACCCCACAAUCUACAGCGGAAAAUGGAGUUUCCUUAUAUGAUUUGGGUGCUUCUGUACAAAGUUUGCCGGUGGUAACAGAUCCGGUACCGGAGCCGAUGAAGGUUGAAUCUGAGGUCAAGAGGAGGCCUGAUGUAUCUGAAUUUACUAUGGAGAGUAAAGUGGAAGUGAAUUCACCUAAGAAGGAAACUUCUACUGUUGUUGCAGCGGAGAGUAGUAUUCAUGAGGUUGCUGCUGCUGUUGCAGUUACCCAAGUAAGUGGAAUUGUUUCUGAAGUGGAAAGUCAAAGAGAGGAGAAGUUCCAGAUAGAUCUUAUGGCACCUCCUCCACAGUUAAGAUCAUCACCAGAAAGGGAGGCUCAGAUAGAUUUUGGCUCAGCAGCUGUGGAUAAUAAUAAGCAGCAUAAUACAGCAGAAAACACAGUUGAAAUGAAGCCUGUGGUAAAAGAGAAGGAUGAUGAAAGGAUUGGCAAGGCCGAGAAAGAAGAAGGGAGGGUCAGUGUUGAAGCUGAGGAAAAGAAGACAAAAGCAGCCGUUGAAGAAAUUAAUUCUCAUAAGAUCAGUGAAGGUAGUAGGGGUAGGAGUAUUAAUCUUGAUCUUGAUUUGGAAAAACCAGAAAAGGAUAGUGGUGUAGGUGUAGGUAGUAAAUUCCUACAGCAGAGUCAAAAGUUACAGCAGCAGCAGCAGCAGCAGCAGCAGCAACCACCUCCUUUACAAAAAGCUACUAAAGAUGAAUCAGUUCUUGAAAAAACUGGUCAAUCUAGCUCCUUACCUACUAUGCCAAUUUCUAUGGCUAGCUGGCCUAGUGGGCUUCCUCCUAUGGGAUACAUGGCGCCUUUACAAGGAGUUGUAGCUAUGGAUGGAAGCACAGUUUCUUCUGCUGCUCCAAUGCAGCCUUUGUUCUCGCAACCGCGGCCAAAAAGAUGUGCAACACAUUGUUACAUUGCUAGGAACAUACAUUGCCUUCAGCAAUUUAUGAAGAUGCAUCCUUUUUGGCCACCUGCUGCUGGUACUGCACCCUUUUUUGGAGCCAAGACCAAUCUCAAUGUUAUGCCGUCUGCAGAUCUACACGGAAACUUAGCUGGGAGGGGAGCAAGUGCUGGGCCAGAUAAGGGUCAGGGGCUUACUAUCUACCCUAGUAAUGGUGGUAAAGACAAAGCCCAACCUGCAAACAUGCCAGAUGCUGCUCAAAGAAAGCAACAAAUGUUACUCCAGCAAACUUUGCCGCCUGUUGCUCCCAAUAAUCUGCUGCAUGGGCCUGCUUUCAUCUUCCCUUUAAAUCAACAACAGGCAGCUGCAGCUGUUCGACCCGGUCCCGCAAAGUCAUCUAGCACAACGGGCCCUUCAGUCUCUUCUAACACAUCUAAUCCUGCUGCUGGAACUUCCUCAGCUACAGCUGGAGGAGCUGCUACUGCAAUUAGCUUCAACUACCCAAAUAUGUCGCCUAAUGAAGCUCAGUACUUGGCGAUCCUGCAGAAUAAUGCAUAUGCUUUCCCAAUACCAGCUGUAGGAGCACCUCCGAAUUAUAGAGGAACUCAUCCUCAGCCCAUGCCAUUGUUCAAUGGAUCUUUCUAUUCCUCUCAGAUGAUUCAUCCUUCCCAGGUUCAGCAACAACAGCCACAGCAGCAGCAGCAGCCACCAACAUCGCAGUCCCAACAAAUGCAGCAAGGUCAACAAAAUACAAGCUUGUCAAGUGGAUCCUCUUCAUCCCAGAAGCAUUUGCAAAACCAGCAGCAGAGGUCCCAAGGCAAUGCUGUUAAUGGUGGGAGCGGUGGUGGUGGUGGUAGUAGUCUGCAUAAUUUUCCUGGGACAAAGAAUCAUCCAUCUCAGUCCCCAGCACAGUCACAGAAUCAGCAUAUGCCCCCCCAGUCGCGCCAUAUUGAAAAUGAGGUGGGUAGUGAAGAUAGCCCAUCAAAUGCUGAGAGGAAAAGGUCACAUGGAUCAAUGAAUGUGUACAACCAGAAUUUUGCUGUGCCAAUGCACCCUUCAAACUUCGGUUUGAUGACUCCUCCAGCUACCUUUGGUGUUGCUUCUUCUGCUGGUGGUGGCAGUAAUCAUCAUCAAACUGAAAAGAAGCCGCAGCAACAACAGCAGCAGCCAGGUCUAAAAACGAGUCUAGAAUCAGUGCCGCCUCAACCUUUUGCUAUGUCAUUUGCUUCAUUCGCGUCUCCUGGACCUAGCAUUGACAUGUCCAUGGCACAGAAUCAUGCUAUUUUUCAGAGUCUCCCCGAGGCUACGAGGCAAAAUUUACAGAUGGCUGCAGCAGCUGCUGCUCAAGCUGUGCAGCAAAAGAAGAAUUUCAGAAUAUCCGAGGAUGGUAAAUCUGGAUCAGGUGACCAGACUGGAGCUGAUGCUGAAAGAAAAGGUUUAGCAAUGAAGCCAUCAGGAAAUGCUAGUCAGUCUAUUGCAUUUUCAAGGUCCGAUAUCUCUGAUGCGUCUGCUUCUACUAUUGCAGCCAACAGUGUCAUUGAUAGCUCAUCAAGGUCCUUAAAUCUUCCAUCUGGUGCUUCAUGGACUGCUCGAGCUUCAAUGCCAAAUUCUAUGGGAGCUGUAAAUGUUCCUACUGCACAGUUGCAAGCUCAAAUUCAGCAGCAACACAUGAUUCAGCUUCAUAAGCAGCAGCAGCAGCAACAACAGCAGCAACAGCAACAGCAACAUCAGUUGGCAGCUGCUGUUGCUGCUCGGAGCAAGACAUCAACCUCUAGUAAUGGGAAUGUUUAUUCUGAACACUUGACUUCAUCAGCUUCUGCUGCUUCAAAAUUUUCAAAUGCGAUGUCGGCUUUUCCUCAAAAUCUUGUACAGAGUGGUAACAACACCAGUCAAGCUCAGUCGCCUCAGUGGAAGAGUUCUACGAGAACAUCAACACCGCAAGCUCCAUCUUUGUCAUCGACGUCUUCUCUGAAAAACCUCUCUCAGCAGCAGCAGGUUAGAUCCCAGCAAAGUCACACACAGAUAUCUUUUGGCACAAAUCAGAAAUCCGCUCCUCCACAAGGACAACAGCCCCCUAACAAUACCCAGUCUCCCUCUCCCCCCAUGAUGGUUGGCUCUCCUACCACUUCUUCAAUCUCAAAAGGUGCCAGUGGAAGCCCAAGACCUACAAAUUCUACUACUACAAGCAAUAAAACCGUCCAAAACUCAUCAUUGUCGACACAGCAGGGUAAAUCCUCGUCUUCUGUUCCCAACCAGAAGUCAUCUCCCGCUGGUGGGAGGAAUGUGCCCUCAAUUCUUGGAAACCCUCAUAUAGCUUCGACUUCAGGUGGUGGAACGAAGUCUCAAAUGCAACAGCAGCAACAGCAGCAGCAACAUUUACAGAAAAGUAUGCAGCAAGCACAACUGUUCUUCUCAAGUCCUUAUGUGCAUGCUCAACCUCCACAUUCUAGUGUAACAAGUUCUACGGGUCAAGCUACUGGGGGAUAUUAUCUUCAGAGACGACGUCCUGACCAGCCUGGCCAACAGCCGCCUGGUUCAUCAGCUCCGCCAUCUUCAAGUGGGAUGUUGACUCUCUGUCCUGUUACUCUAGGUGGUGGCACCACUUCUGAUCCUGCCAAAGCAAUUGCAGCUGCAGCUGCUGCUGCUAAUAAUAUUAAAGGUGGUGUGUUGCCUUCACAAGGUAUACUUCAUGCUUCCCAAUAUACAACACCAACAUCAGGAAGUCAACAUCAGCUUUUGCCUGCUGGUUUCUCGUAUGUGCACCCUGUUCCGGCAGCAGUUCAGGUGAAGCCAGCUGAACAGAAACAACCUGCGGGAAAUGACAAUUUGCAUGCGUGCUGGCAGCCUGAGAAGAAAUGAACACUGUUCAACUUGAUGAUGAUGGGGCUGCCAAGCGGAGGCACGUCAAAGAAACUCGGAAUUUUGAAUGAAGAACCUGCAGUUUUGAAAGGGGCACUAUGUUGUCGGUUCGAGGACUGAUCCUCGAAUGAUUUUGCACGGAAUGCAAGUCGAUCAACAUGUGGAUGGAUGUUGUACAACACAUUCGCGUGGUGUAUAUCUGGCUGCUGCUUAUAGGGGGAGAUCACAAGUGAAAGCGCUGCUCGACCGGUCGGUUGGUUUUUGAUGAUCACAGGAUGGUUUGCUGGAAAUUUUAUCAGCUCAUUCCUGCAUGGCUGAUGAUGGAGGUUAGGUCCAGGAAAGAAAAAGGUUUUUGGUUCCCUUUUUUUGUGUGUGGGGGGGUGGGGGAGCAGGUCAGUGAUAAGAACUAAGAAAAAUAGUGAAGGUUGUGUUACCUUCCAAGUUUUUUCAGUAGGAAUUCUGAUGCAUUCAGUAAUUCAUUAUUCUUUUCCUAAAGGUGGUUUCUACUUUGCUUGGAUAGCAUUUUCUGGACAGUAUUUAUCUUUUUGGACAUAUAUAAGUGUAAUGCAAGGUGUAUAUGUGUAUGUCUUGGCACAUAUAAAAUGGAUAGCUAGCCCUCAAAGAUUUUUACUUACUUUCAA